GGCCAGUAGGGGACUGGAGGACAACAAACCGCAGAGAAGGAAGGCUCAACUUACGUGCGCUUAUAUAUUAGGGUUGAUAACUCACGUCUCUUGCUCUACAUCUAUUGCAGAUUGCGUAAAGGAACUGAUCGAGAGCUGCAUCCGCACUUUUUCUCCGUUCUUCGAGUAGAUACGUGCCUUUGGAGGAAAUCCUCCUAUUGAUUUGAUUAGAUCGUUAAUUGCUUAAAAACCAGUGAAAAUGGUGAAGUUCACAGCAGAUGAGCUCCGAAAGAUUAUGGACUACAAACAUAAUAUUCGAAAUAUGUCUGUUAUUGCCCAUGUUGAUCAUGGGAAAUCGACUCUCACCGAUUCUCUGGUUGCGGCUGCUGGUAUUAUUGCACAAGAAGUCGCUGGUGACGUUAGAAUGACAGAUACCCGUGCAGAUGAAGCCGAACGAGGCAUCACUAUCAAGUCUACUGGUAUCUCACUGUAUUAUGAAAUGAGUGAUGAAUCUUUGAAGAACUACAAGGGAGAGCGACAAGGCAAUGAGUACCUCAUUAAUCUUAUUGAUUCUCCUGGGCACGUUGAUUUCUCUUCUGAAGUGACGGCUGCUCUUCGCAUCACGGAUGGUGCUCUUGUUGUGGUGGACUGUGUUGAAGGGGUGUGUGUCCAAACAGAGACUGUCCUCCGACAGGCUCUUGGUGAAAGAAUUCGGCCUGUCUUGACAGUUAACAAGAUGGACAGGUGCUUCCUUGAGCUCCAGGUUGAUGGAGAGGAGGCUUACCAAACUUUCCAGAGGGUCAUUGAGAAUGCAAAUGUGAUUAUGGCCACAUAUGAAGAUCCCCUCCUUGGGGAUGUCCAGGUUUAUCCUGAGAAGGGUACUGUUGCUUUCUCUGCUGGUUUGCAUGGGUGGGCAUUUACUCUAACAAACUUUGCCAAGAUGUAUGCCUCCAAAUUUGGUGUUGAUGAGUCUAAGAUGAUGGAAAGGCUCUGGGGAGAGAAUUAUUUUGAUCCCGCCACUAAGAAGUGGACUAGUAAGAGUACUGGCACUUCUACGUGCAAGCGUGGUUUUGUUCAGUUCUGUUAUGAGCCUAUCAAGCAGAUUAUCAAUACUUGCAUGAAUGAUCAGAAAGACAAGUUGUGGCCAAUGCUGCAGAAGCUUGGCGUUAACAUGAAGUCUGAUGAGAAGGAUUUGAUGGGGAAGGCGUUGAUGAAGCGUGUGAUGCAGACCUGGCUUCCUGCUAGUAGUGCCCUCUUGGAAAUGAUGAUCUUCCAUCUUCCAUCACCUGGCAAGGCUCAAAAGUACCGUGUGGAGAAUCUGUAUGAAGGACCCCUUGAUGAUGCUUAUGCCACUGCUAUCAGGAAUUGUGAUCCCGAAGGACCUCUCAUGCUUUAUGUGUCCAAGAUGAUUCCUGCCUCUGACAAGGGUAGGUUCUUUGCUUUUGGUCGUGUGUUUUCUGGUAGGGUCUCAACUGGUUUGAAGGUCAGAAUCAUGGGUCCUAACUAUGUCCCUGGAGAGAAAAAGGACUUGUAUGUCAAGAGUGUGCAGAGAACUGUUAUUUGGAUGGGCAAGAAGCAGGAAACUGUUGAAGAUGUCCCAUGUGGCAACACAGUUGCCAUGGUUGGUCUGGAUCAAUUUAUCACUAAAAAUGCUACUCUGACAAAUGAGAAGGAAGUGGAUGCCCAUCCAAUUCGAGCAAUGAAGUUCUCUGUCUCCCCUGUUGUGCGCGUUGCAGUACAGUGCAAGGUUGCGUCUGACCUACCAAAGCUUGUUGAAGGGUUAAAGCGUUUGGCCAAGUCCGAUCCUAUGGUUGUCUGUACUAUUGAGGAAUCAGGGGAGCAUAUCGUUGCUGGUGCUGGAGAACUUCAUCUCGAAAUUUGCUUGAAAGACUUGCAGGAAGAUUUCAUGGGUGGUGCUGAAAUUGUAAAAUCUGAUCCAGUGGUUUCUUUCCGAGAGACAGUUCUUGAGAGGUCUUCUCGUACUGUUAUGAGCAAAUCACCUAACAAGCACAAUCGUCUUUACAUGGAAGCUAGACCGUUGGAAGAGGGUCUUGCUGAGGCCAUUGAUGAAGGACGUAUUGGUCCAAGGGAUGAUCCUAAGGUUCGCUCAAAGAUCUUAGCAGAGGAGUUUAAAUGGGACAAGGAGCUGGCGAAGAAGAUUUGGUGCUUUGGUCCUGAGACCAUUGGUCCAAACAUGGUGGUUGACAUGUGUAAGGGAGUCCAAUACCUUAAUGAAAUCAAGGAUUCUGUUGUUGCUGGUUUCCAGUGGGCUUCCAAGGAAGGACCAUUGGCUGAAGAAAACAUGAGAGGCAUUUGUUUUGAGGUCUGUGAUGUUGUUCUCCAUGCUGAUGCUAUUCACCGAGGUGGUGGUCAGAUUAUUCCUACUGCUAGAAGGGUUGUUUAUGCAUCCCAGAUCACUGCCAAGCCUCGUCUUUUGGAGCCCGUGUACCUUGUGGAGAUCCAGGCACCAGAGCAAGCUCUUGGUGGUAUUUACAGUGUCUUGAACCAGAAGCGUGGUCAUGUGUUUGAAGAGAUGCAAAGGCCUGGAACCCCUCUGUACAAUAUCAAGGCUUACUUGCCGGUUAUAGAGUCAUUUGGGUUCUCAAGCACCUUGAGAGCUGCUACCUCUGGUCAGGCAUUCCCUCAGUGCGUGUUUGACCACUGGGACAUGAUGUCGUCUGAUCCACUGGAAUCAGGAUCUCAGGCAGCUACUCUUGUUGCUGAUAUUCGAAAGAGGAAAGGUCUGAAAGAGCAGAUGACACCUCUCUCUGAGUUCGAGGAUAAGCUUUGAGUCAUGGGAUGUUGAGUUUUGUGGUAGCAAUUACAAUCAGCAGCUCUGCCUCCGGGCAGUAUAAUUCGUUUAGUUCAAUUUUUAUUCUUUUUCCCAUGGGAUAAUGAGUUCUAGCCAAAAACUGUUUGUUUAAUUGGUUUGGGACUUCUCGUUUAUUACCAGAACGCGACAUGCCUUAGAUCGUUUUUUCCCAGUAGAACGAAUCAUCUAAGAGAUUUUGUGAUGUUUUCUUUUAAAAGGGGCUUAUUUUUUAAUCG